CGUCUUCCUCACACCAUGCGCACCGCUUACCUUCUCGCGACCUUGGCUGCGGUGGCUGCCAGCGCCGACCUCACACCCGCCGAGCGCAAGGAGCUCACGGCCGACUUGAAGGAGUGGCAGGCUCUCUUUGGCCAAGAGGCGCUCACCGAGGGCUUCCUCCCGCCCCUCGAAGGCCUCACCAUUGGCGAGUCCAACGACGAGCUCCUCGUCCGCAUGAAGGCCGCCAAGCAGCGCGUGCCCGAGCUCGCCAAGGAGAACCCGGACGCCUCCUUCACCCACCUCUCGCCGCUCGCGCUCCUCACCAAGGACGAGUUCAAGCACUACGUCAUGAAGUCGUUCAAGCGCGGCAAGCGCGCGCUCCGAGCCGAAAAGGUCGACUGGGCCAGCGUCGGCGCCGCGUCGGCCACUGGCAGUGUGGACUGGACCGCCGACUCCAAGUGCGUCAACCCCGUCAAGAGCCAGGGCAGCUGCGGGUCGUGCUGGGCCUUCUCAGGCACCGGCACUGUCGAGUCGGCGCACUGCAUUGCGACUGGGACGCUCCUCGACCUCUCGGACCAGCAGACCACGAGCUGCGCCUCGAGCGCUGGCAACGGCUGCGACGGCGGCCUCGAAGACCGCGCCAUCACGUGGAUCCACGACAACGGCGGCCUCUGUCUCUCCAAGGACUACCCGUACACGUCCGGCUCGUCGGGCCAAACCGGCUCGUGCAAGUCGUCGUGCACCAAGCAGAAGCUCGCGAUUGGCGCGACUGUCAACAUCAAGGGCGAGGGACCGCUCGAGACGGCGCUCAAGACGCAGCCGGUGGCUGUUGCCGUCGAGGCUGGCAACGACGUGUGGCAGUACUACAAGGGCGGCGUGGUGUCGCAGUGCCCGGGCGCGCAGUCGGACCACGCCGUGAUUGCGGUCGGGUACGGCUCGGAGAACGGCAAGGACUUUUUUAAGAUCCGCAACUCGUGGGGUGCCAACUGGGGCGAGAAGGGCUACAUCAAGCUCCAGCGCGGUGUCGGUGGCAAGGGCAUGUGCAACGUGGCCGAAGAGCCGGCGUACCCCAAGAUCACGGCGGGCCCGACGAGCAAGCCGACAGACGGUCCGACGAGCAAGCCAACCAGCGGCCCUACCCCCAAGCCAUCGACCAAGCCGACGACCAAGCCAACUACCAAGCCUUCGGAGAAGCCGACCGAGGACCCGUCGGACGAGCCUUCGGAGGACCCGACGCCGGCGCCAACCAAGCGCCCAACGCAGCGCCCGACGAAGCGACCGCGCACGACGCGCCCCAAGACGCCGUCCCCGACGGACGAUGACUUUGGUGUCGAUCCGUAAGCGCUCGAAAAGGAGCGAUUUUGAUGUUCCCAAUACAAUUUGUGUCUUAAAUGCUUGA